CUGCAACGUAAGAAUUCAUCGUGCCGCAAACAGCCGAACCCAGGCUGACGAUUUACUAUCAAUAUUCAGUUGUCACAUUGUCACACCAUCGUGCUUGUAAGCUACCAUGUCUGACGAUGAAAUGAAUAUCGAUGAAGUUGCGACGGGCGGUGGAGCCGUGAGGCGCAGGGGCAGAGGUUUUCAAAGUGCUGCAGGCGGAAACGACCACACAGUCGUGACGGAACUGACUUACGACAGAGUGGAAUCUUCUCAUGUCAAGGACGAUACGAGGGCGGCGCGUUCUGUUGAAGGCUGGAUUGUUCUAGUCACUAACGUCCACGAGGAAGCAACGGAGGAAGAUGUUACCGACAAGUUUGCUGAGUUCGGAGAGAUCAAAAACUUGCACCUCAACCUCGACCGACGGACAGGUUAUGUUAAGGGCUAUGCGUUGGUAGAGUACGAGACUAUGUCAGAAGCACAGGCCGCCAUCGAUGGAGCGUCGGGGACUCCCCUACUAGAACAGGAAAUCCAGUGCGAUUACGCCUUCGUUCGACCUCCGCCAUCUGGACCGAAAAAGGGCAGAGGAGCACGCGAGGGACGCGGACGUAGUGCAAGUCCGUCUCGCAGACGUGAUAGGGACUGAUGUCAUGCUAUUAGACUUGUGUAUGUAUAACUUCUCCGAUAGGCUUAAAAAGUUUUCUUGUCAAUUUUGCACAGUAUGUAAUCAAACCACAGCAUCUGACGAUCUGCAAUGGUUUAUGUCCAAGGCAACAGAGUUUUUUUUUCCCUU